UUUUUUCUCAUAGAGUGCCAAGCAGCCUGUUUCAAAAGCUCCUCUUACAUAUUUUCGAAAAGCGGAAGAAAAUGGUCUUUCAACAAGUUUGUCUGCUCCGACCAGGGAGGUUACUUAGUUUCCAUCGAAACUGAAGAAGAGUGGCAGUUUAUCAAUCAUGAGAUUCAAAAGCGUGGUGCUUGGAAUGCUAGUGCGUGGCACAUUGGUUUAUGGAAAAGAGGCGGGGUUUGGACUUGGAAGAAUGGAGAACAACUAAAUAUUUCGAAAUGGCGAGAUUCUGAGCCAGAUGGUAACGACACACGGGCGGAAAUAUCCAAGAAUGGAGGCCUCUUUAAUGGCAUCUCUUCGGAUGAUAACAAUGCCUUCAUUUGCGAGAUACCUGGAGGUAAGAUCACAUUCCAACCAUAAAGUAUCUUACGUACUGAAAAAUUAAAGUCUUGCACUUAUGUCAUGAAAAUCACUCAUGCUUCUUAAAAGUAAUUAUAUUAUUCUUGAGAGAUUAAUGAACUUUUAAACACGUAUUAGUAACUAGACAAAGUGCCCAUGAAAAAAAAAAAAAAAAUUAUCAUUUGCUUAUACAAACCGGACUUGGAAAAUUCGACUGACAACAACUAUUCACUUGACUCUGAUCAUGACUUCUGCUCGGAUUGACGAAACGUCAGUGAGAACAGUCCUUCUCAGGCCAGACCCAAGUUAAACUAUUUCAUGUUACUCCCGGGUUCAAACCGUUUGCUGAAGACUUUUCUAUCCGUUUUACGAUGAACAAAUUGUUUGAAAGAACUCACGUAUAAAAUGAAUGAAAGUUCCAUUAAUUAAUUCAAUUGUAAAUAUAUACCUCACGAUUUAACUUUCUGAGUAACUUCUAGAGUAGGUCUAGUUUAAUUACAAACGGUCUUUAGGCCACGUGUCAACUUAUUUAAUGAUAUAUUUUCUUCAAAAAUGUAUUUCGAAACAAUUUCUUUUUUGCUGGCAACCAAAGUGAAUUGAAAGAGAGAAAGAGAGGAUUAAUAAGUUAUUCAUUGACUUGAUUUGCUUUAAAAUGAUUUACUUUAAAAUACUGUCCAGCUGGCAAAACGAAUUAAAUUUAUGAAAACUGGCAACGAAGUUAGGGAUGUAGUUGGCGACUCGCGCAAGCGUAACUGCCUUCUUGGGUAGAGACAGGAAAAAACGGACCACUUUAAGAACCGAUAAGCAGUUCGGGAUAGUUGUCAAAUUUGAUAACCUAGAGCAAAACCAAACAUUUACCAAUCGCUGGUCAGGUUCACGCUCACGUGACAUGUUACUGAGGCAACAAUAACAUAUUUAACAUGACGUCCGAAGGCCGAACUAGACUGAGUUUACUAUUAUAAUUGUUUACGAUUGGAACUUGUUAUUGAACAAAUGGAAAGGCUUCUUCAUCUUCUAUUUUCGCAGUCUCAAUAAUUUCCAUUCGUAUUAUUUCGCUUUCUUGGCGGAGAGCGAAGUCCCCAGCCAUAUAUCUGUGCGAAAGAAAAAAUGUUUUCACUGGUACUGUUACUUCGCUAGUGAAUAGGCGAAAAUGAGGAUGCAAUCGUAGCGUAUUUCUAACGCGAAACCGUGUAGAUGGGAGGGUUGCUUUGAAUAGUUCUAGAAACAUGUAAAAAAGUUGGAAAAUCCAUACUGCUGCGCACUUAACGUCUCUCCACGGCCGCAUCUACUCCUUCUUCUUCCAUUACUGAUUUGAGCGAAAAAUACAAUAUGUCUUCUGCGUUUGCAAACCUGCUUGGUCAUACCACAACUUAUUGUCAUCAAUGAACAGCAACAGGGACUGAAAACAUUCUAAAGUUGCAAAAUGUCUUAGCCCGAGUGCAAGAUGUUUUGUGGAGGAGACCAUAAGCAAGACUUUUUUUCGAUGAAAGAACUUCAGUUAAGGGCAAAAUAAAAUAAACUUAGUUUAUUUCGCGCAAAACAUGUGAAAAAGAAGAAAAAAACUCCCGUUGAUUAAUGUGAGGAGAACACUACCAAAAAAAUAGUUUGAUAGCACCUUUUGCAACGUUGAAAAUCGUCUUAUUCAGAACACGAGAAUAAUCGCAUAAAACUAUUUCAAUCAAGGCCAUCCAGGAACAUACGUUAUUAUUUAUUAUAAGAGAAAUGCGCGCGCCGUGAUCGGUCAGAAUUAGUUCAUUAUACUCCCAUUAAGUACGUGCCUUACGUCACACGAGGGCAUUGUCGAGAUAUAGUGCAAGCCACCUACGUCAUCGGUACGAGUGCGCUCAAUUCACGAUACAUUUUAUAAAAGAAAUUAAAAAAAAAACUUGUUCCUUGAGCAUUGUUGAGUUAUAUAAGCACUUGGGAAUUUUAAAGAACACCAGAGAAGUGGAAGAUGCACUCUCCUUCGGCUCGAGCUUCUCCGCACUCUCGUGUUCUUAAAAAUUCCCGGGUGCUUAUAUAACUCAACAAUGCACUCGGCGCGCAUUUUAUUUAUUUAAUAAACAGAUAAAGUGAAAGUGAGGACAUAUUGAACAUGGUCAGAUUAUUUCUUUCCUUUGAAGCAAGCGGAAACUAAAGCUUAAACCCAUGACUGAAAUGAAAUGAAGUACAUUGUUAACACCCAAUCAACCAUGGUCAGAGCAUGUAAAAAUAACAACACAGAAAUGAUGACCGAUAUGCAGAAGGAAAUGUACAGUGACUGAACAUAAACUUCGUGAUCGUAGAAAUUUCCUGUUCAGUGUCCAUAUCCUGUUUAAGUUCAUUCAUUAAUAUUUUUCCUAACUUCUCUGAAAAAACAUAAAUUUUCUGACUUUUCCCUGACCUUGAAGGACCUUUUUUCCUGACCAUUUCCGGACUUGUGACAAGAUAAAUUAAAACCUCUGCUUGAGCCAAGUUGCCAAUCAAACCAGAGUUUAGCUUUAGGAUGAAGCAACUCGAAGUCAAACCAAGGUCAACCCUCAAACGAUGACAGCGGGCUCUGCGUAUGACAAUACUUAGGUUCUCUUCGGGCAAUACCAGCGCAAUGAAAGGAACGAUGAUUGUGCGUAUUGUGCAGUGAGUAAGAAAUCUUGAAUCAGACAACAAUGUAUAUGAAAAACAGAAAGAUUAAAAGCAGCGUCGAAAACACAAAAUGACUGUUGGCUACUAAUAAAUCGGUAAAUGAAGACCACUCCACGCACUUUUUUCCUGCAAUUUCAUCACGAUAACUAAUAACAGAUGCAUUGAAUGAAAAUAGAUUGAGGAUAUCAGGAGACUCUAGGAAACUAUCGCUUUAGGGGCGAGGCAUCUCGGUUUUGAUGAACCUAUUUUAUUAACAAUACUGAUCUUAAAUUAUACACAGCAUGAAAUACGAAAAAAAAGGACGAGCUGACUCUAUUUAAUCUAUCUUUACUUUUUAUGUCCAUAAUGAUUACCGUUACCCAUAUAAUUCUUUAAGAUUGUGGCGUGCACCUUAAAUUUUUGCUCUUUUUUCCCGACAGCCUUUCCCAUAUCAACUGUAUAGGGCUAAUCUCUAGUUGCAAAUCUAUGAGAACCUAGAUUAACGUUUAAUUUUACGUUUUUAUGUCUGUUCAGCUGGGGAAGGAAGAAUUGGGGGCGGAGUGAGGGAGGAGCUAAUUAACUUUCAAAACUCAACCACCAAAUUUACAUGAGCUCACAGAUAAUCUUAGUUGAUGUGAACUAAUUCUGAAAAGCAGGUUAGAGAUAGCGGAUGCUGUAGUGAAGAAAGAUGUAUUGUAUUAAUUUACAAUGAUCAAACAUAUACUGCAGAUGUUAAAAAAAGGGAUCAAGUAAAAAAAAUAAGUCACGUUUUCUAUCUCAUUUAUUUUUCUUCUUUAUUGUGAUUGUGAUUUAUCUUUUUAUGUUACAAUCAUUAUUAUAAGUAUCACUUUGUUUAUCAUCAUUAUGAUAAUUAGUAUUUUUGUUUUCUUUUUUAUCAUUUUGUAGAAUGCCCUGAUAGAACCUUUAAAAACUCUUGGUAUAUAAUUUCGGUGGAUGGAUGGUCCUGGCCCCGGAACAGAGAAACCUGCCAAAGCCAAGGAGGGGACUUAGUUUCCAUGGAAACCGAAGAGGAAUGGAACUUCAUGAAUGAUGCAAUUCAAAGGCGAAAUACUAAAUCCUUUGAAAAUAAAUGGAGUAUUGGCUUAACAAAAGAAAAAAAAGGUGGAAACUGGACCUGGGUGCAUGGAAGACCGCUGACUAUUUGCAAAUGGGGACAAGGGGAGCCGAGUGGUGAACACGACUCGGCUUUCAUCUACAAGCGGUCCAGGAAUGGCGAACGGGGCGUGUUUGGUAGUGGAAGAACAAUUUGGAAAAACUAUGACGCUUAUAUUUGUGAAAUUUCCAAGGGUAAGUCGUCCUUUUUGUUGUUGUUGUUGUUGUUUUUCUAG